AGAUUUUAAAUGCAAACGGGAUCAACCAUGUAUUCUGGCUGCAUUAAUUUUCAUUCCCAUUCCAGAAUCAGCGGCUAUUCCAAAUCUAUAAUUUCCUUAAAUAAUACGGAGUAAAUAAUUACACUCCGAUUUAGUGUGUAAUCAUCGGUUAUGGAGUUAGAGUACAUACAUAACAUUCAAACAUUUUCUUCCCCUCUUGCUAAAUCAUUUAUUCACAAAUGGGAUUGUGAGUAAAAGAAUGGAUGAAAGGGAAGAAAGGAAGGAGAAGACGAGUUUGAGUUACAACGACUUUGGAGAUGAAAGGCUGAAGCUGAUUGAUAUAUCUUCAGAGGAUGAUUUUCUCAUCGCUUCUCCUUUAUUUGAAUCUCUUGAAGAUCUUAGACUUUCUGUGACGUGGGAUAAACUUGGAGACAAUGAAUGCUUCAAAUUUGGAAACUCUUCUUCCAAUCAUGGUGCUACACAAUGCAACUUUCCGCCUCAAUCUGGAAGACCCAGUUACUUGCGUAGGAGUUUGGCUUGGGAUAACGCCUUCUUUACCAGUUCUGGUACUAACAACAAUCUGUUUUUUUACUUUUUUUUUAUUGAUUUUGUUUUUCGUUUGAUCGGUCAUCAAUGUGAUUGUUAAGGAACCCUUUUCAAAAUGUAUGGGAAAAUUUGCAGGAGUUUUAGAUCCUGAUGAACUAUCACUCAUAAACAAAGGUGCCAAUUUCCAGCCAGCAUCCCAACAAGAUGCACAUACAAGAACUGAUAAUACAUCUGUUAAAACCACUGGGAAAAUGGUAUGUCAUACUUUUUCUAGUGUCUUUUAUUGCAGUUCUCUAUUUCCAUGCAUGAGAAUGAAUCUUCUUGCUUUCUUGUUUUUUGAACAAGACCCGAGCUGUUUCAAAAAGAGACCAUGCAGGAAAUAAUCAAAGACCAUCAGAAGAGAAAUUUAAAACCAAGCAGCCUAAAGUACCAACAACUGCAAAGAAAUUUGCUUUUGGGAGUUUAUGCAGUAUUUCAUCUCGUUUCUCCUCCUCCUCCUCCUCCUCCUCAUCAACUCCGGCUGUUUCUUCAUCUGUUUCUGUUUCUUCCUUCGCAAAGAAAGAGUCAACCUCUCGUGUUGACAUGUUAUUCAAACGUUCUUCCUCCACAAAAGCCUCUUCCAUCCUUUUCAAAGACAGGCCAGGAUCAGUAAAAAGUAUACCAUCAACAUCGUCAACCUCCAACCUUAAACGUCAGAUUAUUUUGGAAGGUGCAGAUUCUCUUCACCAAGUUACUGACACUGAUCUAGAUGUCACACCAAGAAGAUAUGACAAUACCAGUUAUUCUCAGGAAGCUACUGAUAAGACGAUGAACUCGAAACCUUCCGGUCUUCGUCUUCCAUCUCCUAAGAUUGGUUUCUUCGAAGAGGUCUAUUUCUAUCAUUAAUCAUAUAUACUUCUAAAUUCUCAUUUGUAAUGAGGAAUUUUUAUGGUGUUGUUAUUCAUUAUGUUGUCAUCCAUCCAUGCACUAUAUUGCAGGUGGUGUUACCAAAAGCAAAAGGACUUUUGAAGUUUCAGAUAGGGAAGGGAAGCAAAUCUUCCACAGAUCGAACUCCAGGCGGGAAUAGUGGGAAACAUCAGAAGCCCAAAGUUUCUUCUUCUUCUUCAUCAACUCAGCCCAGAAGUGCUCCAUCUUUCAGUAGGCAAAACAGUUCUUCUCUGUUACCCUCUGAAAGAUCAUUAGAGAUUGAUAGGGAAAAGAUUUGCAAGUGGAGAAAAGUUGGGUUUGGGGAGCGCGAGAGGAGAAGUGGGACAUGGAUGGAACCCACAAGUCUGAUCAAGAGAGAUGAGCGGAGACUCAAAGGGAAGUUGAGCCAUGAGAGUGGGAGAAGAGGUCAGAGAGGAGGAGAUCAAGCAAGUACAGAGGAGGGAGUGAAUGACUUAAGCAGGAGGUUUGAGAUGAUUGAUUUGUGGGACAAUUCGAAGACGAUAAGGGCCGAUGAAGGGGGAGGAAAGGAAUGUCGGCCUUCUUGCUGUAUAUCUAGAAGCAGAACCCCACUUGCUGAAAAAACAAGAACCAGUCUCUGCAUUAAUAACAAUACAGGAAAUCCACCAGUUUUCCCUUCUUAUUCUCAACAAUGCUUCAUCACUGACAAAGAGAACAUCUGAUUGCUUUAUAUUGCAAUAUUGCUUUUGUUUCUUUGGUUUGCUUGCUGAUAUACCUUCACUAUUUCUUUUUAACAAGGGCUUUUACAUUCUUUAUGUUUAAA